ACACUCCCUCAUACACAUCAAAUAUGAUCAGCUGGUUUCAGGAAACCAACUAACUAAACUUCAUCUUCUGCCUGAAAUCAAGGAGCCAUGUUUCUAAACGGCCUUAGCGACAGUAACUAAGGGGCGGGGCGAGACACCGUGACAUCGCGAGAACACUCCGCGGGAUCCCGCAGCGCUCCUGUAUCUCAGCCUGAAGAGCUCCGAGACCAGAAUCCAGACUCAGUCCAGGACAACACGGUCCACCAGUCACAGCGGAGACCUGCAGGACGAUGGAGAACCAGAACCCGGACCGCAGGAGCCAAACAGCAGCCUCGUGCUCUGAUAGCGCCGAUGUUCAGAAAAGGAGAAGAAGAGAUGGACUCAAACGUCAACACUCUGACAAAUCCUUCACAUCUGGAUAUUUGAAGAUUCAUCAGAGUGUUUACACUGGAGAGAAACUGUACAGCUGUGAACAGUGUGGCAAAGCUUUCAGCACAUCACGUGAAGUAACAAUCCACAGACGUCUCCACACUGGAGAGAAACCUCACUGUUGUGAGCAGUGUGGAAAAUUUUUCAAUACAUCAGAUUACCUAAAAAUGCACCAACGUGUUCACACUGGAGAGAAACCAUACUGGUGUGAACAGUGUGGAAAAUCUUUUAGUAGAUUAACUACCCUAAAAAUUCACCAACGUAUUCACACUGGAGAGAAACCGUACUGGUGUGAACAGUGUGGGAAAACUUUUAGUAAAUCAGGUGACCUAAAAAUCCACCACCGUGUUCACACUGGAGAGAAACCGUACUGGUGUGAACAGUGUGGAAAAACUUUUAGUAGAUUAAGUACCCUAAAAAUCCACGAACGUGUUCACACUGGAGAGAAACUGUACAGCUGCGACCAGUGUGAGAAAACUUUCUCUCAAUCAGGUGACCUAAAAAUCCACCACCGUGUUCACACUGGAGAGAAACCGUACUGGUGUGAACAGUGUGGAAAAUCUUUUAGUAGAUUAAGUACCCUAAAAAUCCACCAACGUAUUCACACUGGAGAGAAACCGUACUGGUGUGAACAGUGUGGAAAAUUUUUCAAGAAAUCAAGUUCUCUGAAAAUCCACCAACGAGUUCACACUGGAGAAAAACCGUACAGCUGUGGCCAGUGUGGAAAAUCUUUCAAGAAAUCCGGUUCUCUGAAAAUCCACCAACGAGUUCACACUGGAGAGAAACCGUACAGCUGUGACCAGUGUGGAAAAUCUUUUAGUAGUUCAGGUACCCUAAAAAGCCACCAACGUGUUCACACUGGAGAGAAACCGUACAGCUGUGACCAGUGUGGAAAAUUUUUCACUAGAUUAGAUUCCCUGAAGAUCCACCAACGUGUUCACACUGGAGAGAAACCGUACAGCUGUGGCCAAUGUGGCAAAUCUUAUGCAUACAGGAGAAACCUUAGAAGACACAAAUCCAUUCACAAAAGAGUUCACACUGGAGAGAAACCGUACAGCUGUGACCAGUGUGGAAAAGCUUUCACUACAUCAGGUGACCUAAAAAUCCACCAACGUGUUCACACUGGAGAGAAACCGUACAGCUGUAACCAGUGUGGGAAAACGUUCACUCAAUCAGGUGACCUAAAAAAGCACCAACGUGUUCACACUGGAGAGAAACCAUACUGCUGUGAACAGUGUGGGAAAACUUUCACUCAAUCCAGCCAGCUAAAAACCCACGAACGAGUUCACACUGGCGAGAAACUGUACAGCUGUGACCAGUGUGGGAAAACGUUCAUUACUGCAGGUCAACUAAAAAUUCACCAACGUGUUCACACUGGAGAAAAACCAUACCGGUGUGAACAGUGUGGAAAAACCUUCGCUCGAUCAGGUACCCUAAAAAUCCACCAACGUGUUCACACUGGAGAGAAACCGUACUGGUGUGAACAGUGUGGGAAAACCUUCACUCGAUCAGGUACCCUAGAAAAGCACCAACGUGUUCACACUGGAGAGAAACCGUACUGCUGUGAACAGUGUGGGAAAGCUUUCACUACACCAGGUUACCUAAAAAUCCACCAACGUGUUCACACGGGAGAGAAACCGUACUGGUGUGACCAGUGUGGAAAAGCUUUCACUCAAUCAAAUAACCUAAAACUCCACCAACGUGUUCACACUGGAGAGAAACUGCACAGCUGUGAACAGUGUGGGAAAACUUUCAGGACAUCAUGGGAAGUACUAAUCCACCAACGUGUUCACACUGGAGAGAUGCCGUACUGGUGUGAACAGUGUGGGAAAACUUUCAAGACAUCAGGUGCCCUAAAAACCCACCAACGUGUUCACACUGGAGAAAAACCGUAUUGGUGUGAACAGUGUGGGAAAACUUUUGCUCAAUCAGGUGCCCUAAAAAAGCACCAACGUGUUCACACUGGAGAGAAACCCUACAGGUGUGAACAGUGUGGGAAAACUUUCACUAUGUCAGGUAACCUAAAAAAGCACCAACGUGUUCACACUGGAGAGAAACCGUACUGCUGUGAACAGUGUGGGAAAACUUUCACUACACCAGGUUACCUAAAAAUCCACCACCGUGUUCACACGGGAGAGAAACCGUACUGGUGUGACCAGUGUGGAAAAGCUUUCACUCAAUCAAAUAACCUAAAACUCCACCAACGUGUUCACACUGGAGAGAAACUGCAUAGCUGUGAACAGUGUGGGAAAACUUUCAGGACAUCAGGUAACCUAAAAACCCACCAACGUCUUCACAUUGGAGAAAAAACUGGAGAGAAACCGUACUGCUGUGAACAGUGUGGGAAAACUUUCACUACACCAGGUUACCUAAAAAUCCACCACCGUGUUCACACGGGAGAGAAACUGCACAGCUGUGAACAGUGUGGGAAAACUUUCAGGACAUCAGGUAACCUGAAAACCCACCAACGUCUUCACAUUGGAGAAAAACCGUACGGUUGUGGCAUGUGUGGCAAAUUUGACACACACAGUAAAAUCCUUAAAAGACACAAAUGCAUUGACAAAGCAUCAGUGUGACAUUUUUCCCAGAGCCGUGCUAGCUGUUUCCUCCUGCCCUGAAUACCACCACCUGUUAUCAUGUGAUUGUGCUAGACUAACGUCAUGUGAUGACAGCUGAGGAAGUUUGAUUUGGAAAGAGCUGGAAAGCGUCAGUCCAGAGGUUUUAUCAGCCAGUAGCAAAAUGAAACUGCAGUACCCAGUAGAGGGCAGUCACUGCAUUUCAGAAUCAGCUUUACGGUCCGCCCGGAAAAGCGUAAAUCCCAGUAGGUGAAGUGCACUAUCCGCGAUGUGCUCGGUGAACCAGGACUCUGUAAAACAGAAGGCGGCAGAUCUGCAGAAGUCCGAGUUAGUUCUGUUGAGGAGAAGCAGUUGAUCCAUUUUGUUGGACAGAAUGAACCUCCACAUAUGAUGAAAUAUUGUUUCUGUGUUCUUCAUUCAUACAUAUAUUCUUGUUAUUGAGCUGUAGUUAAACAUAUUUACAUUAAAUAAUCUGUAGUUUACAUCUAUAUUCACUGUUUUUAUUUUCUAUUACUGAAUGGGUUUUUGUUCAGACUGAAAGCAAAUCCAAAUCUAGUCGAUGCAAAGAGACGCAGAUUCACUCGAGUUGGCUCCAGCUGAGGUGAAGACAUGUCGGUUAAGUUUGAAAUCUUAAAUAAAAGAUUCUCUUUGAUUGUU